CGUUUAGUGCGUUGCGGUUGGUCUGCGAGGCAACAUCUCAAGACGCGGGCUCGGUUUCGGUUUCGGAUUUGGACUCGGUUUCGGUUUCGGUUUCGGUUUCGGUUUUCAGCCAGGUAUUCCGGAGUGCCACUUGAAAAAUAAACUUCGCGUUGCGUGACAAAAGAGCUGGCGAAUCUGCCCGCCUUGUCGAGUGCCUGUGUGCGAGUGGGAAAUUGGCCAAAACAACAAUAGAAAUCCGCACAACAAAAGGCGAACAAAAGCUGCUUUUAAUUGUGCACAAACGGCGGCUUGAAAGUUUACACGUGGAGUAUAAUAAAUUAAAGGCAAAACUGAAUCGACCACCAGUUGAUCGAAACUCAGUCCGAAAACCCAACCGACUGGCUGGGAAAAACAAACGUCCAAAACCAAGAACCGAGCACCAAGAUGUCGGGCUUACGCAAAACAUCCAUUGCGCUGAUGAGGCGCUCCACCUCCAGCACCACCGCCUCCAUCCUGCCCCACUGCGGGGGCGGCGGAGCGGUGUCGCCGCCCAGCAGCGGAGUGGGCGUGGCCACGGAAAUUGAAAAAUCAAUUGCGAUGCAGCGACUGCGGACGGGCGAGUCGGCGAAUCUGAAGAAAUUAAAUGUCAGCCAAGGAGCAGCGACGGCGGCAACAGCAACGCGGGCUGCGGCAACCGCAUUACCAGCGGAGACCACCAGCACCUCCGCCUCCGCGGCUGCAGUGCGUCCCUACUCGGAAGUGCCGGGUCCAUAUCCCUUGCCGCUGAUUGGCAACUCCUGGCGCUUUGCCCCACUAAUUGGAACGUAUAAAAUCAGCGACCUGGACAAGGUUAUGAACGAGCUGCACGUGAACUACGGCAAGAUGGCCAAGGUGGGCGGCCUGAUUGGUCACCCGGACCUGCUCUUCGUCUUCGAUGGCGACGAGAUUCGAAAUAUAUUCAAGAAGGAGGAGGCCAUGCCGCACCGACCCUCGAUGCCCUCGCUGCGCCACUACAAGGGCGACCUGCGACGCGAUUUCUUUGGCGAUGUGGCCGGCCUAAUUGGCGUGCACGGACCCAAGUGGGAGGCCUUCAGGCAGGAGGUGCAGCACAUCCUGCUGCAGCCGCAGACGGCCAAGAAGUACAUUCCGCCGCUAAACGACAUUGCCAGCGAGUUUAUGGGCCGUAUUGAGCUGAUGCGCGACGAAAAGGACGAGCUGCCAGCCAAUUUCCUGCACGAGCUGUACAAAUGGGCCUUGGAAUCUGUGGGUCGUGUUUCCCUGGACACGAGACUCGGCUGCUUGUCGCCUGAGGGCAGCGAAGAGGCCCAGCAGAUCAUAGAGGCUAUCAACACAUUCUUCUGGGCUGUUCCAGAACUGGAGCUACGAAUGCCCCUGUGGCGGGUUUAUACCACCAAGGCAUACAGAAGCUUCGUGAAGGCUUUGGAUCAGUUCACAGCAAUUUGCAUGAAAAACAUUGGCAAGACCAUGGACAAGGCCGAUGCCGAUGAGGCCAGGGGAGUGCCCAAAUCGGAGGCGGACAUAUCCAUUGUGGAGAGAAUUGUGCGAAAGACGGGCAACCGCAAGCUGGCUGCCAUCUUGGCGCUGGACUUGUUUUUGGUGGGCGUAGACACGACCUCUGUGGCUGCCUCCUCCACCAUCUACCAGCUGGCCAAAAACCCAGACAAACAGCAGCGCCUCUUCGACGAGCUGCAGAAGGUGUUCCCCCAUCGCGAGGCGGAGAUCAACCAGAAUGUCCUGGAGCAAAUGCCCUACCUGCGAGCCUGUGUGAAGGAAACCCUGCGCAUGCGACCCGUGGUGAUUGCCAAUGGCCGAAGCCUUCAGUCGGAUGCUGUCAUCAAUGGUUACCACGUGCCCAAAGGUACGCACGUUAUCUUCCCCCAUUUGGUUGUCUCAAACGAUCCCGCAUAUUUCCCAGAGCCCAAGCGUUUUCUGCCCGAACGCUGGCUUAAACAGUCCGCGGCAGAUGCAGCAGGAUGCCCCCAUGCCAGUCAGAAAAUUCACCCGUUUGUGAGUCUGCCCUUUGGCUUUGGGCGCCGCAUGUGCGUGGGUCGCCGCUUCGCCGAAAUCGAGUUGCACACUCUGCUGGCCAAGAUCUUCCGCAAAUACAAGGUCUCGUACAAUUCGGGUGAGUUUGUGUACCGCGUGAACUCCACGUACAUACCGCAGUCGCCUCUGAAUUUCAAACUGACGCCGAGGGACGAGUGAGGAGCGAGAGCAGUGGGUCCAGAGAAGGGAUCUGGGUCUGGAGGCCCCGAGAGCUCAGCCUCAAAGCUGCAGUGACACACGGCGGAUGUAUGAUAUUUAUAGUCAAAGCCCAGCUGCUUUUUCUGCCGCUGCGGUGUUUCUUUCUAAUUAAGCAAAUGUACAUGGCACACACAGAAUUUCACAGAACUUGCCACGAGCGCAGUUCUGUGGGUGCGUGUAACUAAAUAAACUUUGUGUAGUCACGUUGAUACAUGUGUAUAUAGGACCAUUAUAUUCCCCCAUAUUAGUUUUAGUUACUUUCUCUCCCGAAGAAUAAUUGUGCCCAAUAAAGCGUCGAAAAGUAUGCAAUAAACUGUCA